UCCUGAGUGUAAUUUAUAUGAUCUGUGAGAGAAGAGUUCAGUCAGCACCAUGCUUCUACAGCUGUUUCUGUGUCACGGAUGACCCAGGCAGGGAGACGAGGAAAGCGGACACAAGUGCAGGUUGGUGCUACAACUCGCCCUCAUGUAAUGAAUCUACCUGGCCCUCCAUUCCAAACUCGUACUGCAGUGGAAUCAGUCAGUCUCCCGUUAACAUCGAGAGCAGCAGUGUUCAGCCUGAUGGAAAUUUAACUGAGCUCAGGUUUAAGGGGUUUGGUGAGCGCACUGCUCUAACUGAAAUAAAAAACACAGGUAGAGAAGUGAAGGUGAUGUUUGAUUAUGGUAAGAUGUCAGUUGAGGGAGGUGAUCUUCCAGGCGUCUAUAACAGCGUGCAGUUCCACAUCCACUGGGGCGACGGCAGCUCCAGCGCUGGAUCUGAGCACACUGUGGAUAACAAACGAUACGCAAUGGAGUUGCACAUCGUGAACAGUAAAGCAGGACACAAUUCUACUGCAGCUGCGUUCGCAGAUCCCACAGGUCUGGCUGCUCUUGGGUUCUUUAUUGAGGCAACCAAUGAUACUGGUGAACCCAGAAGCUGGAAGACUCUUACCUCCUAUCUGACCUGUCUGUUUUCUUCUGCAGGUGAUUCUGUGCCGCUCAAUGGGUCUCUCUCUAUGGACAGCCUGCUGGAAGGUGUGAACAGGUCCAACUACUACCGCUACCUCGGCUCUCUGACUGUCCCCAGCUGUAAUGAAGUUGUGGUGUGGACUUUGUUUAAAGACCCGAUCAGAGUCAGCCAGGAUCUGAUUGAUCUCUUCAGCACAAGCUUGUACCUCAACAAGAGCAUCAACUCUCCCCUGAUCACCAACACGUUCAGACACACUCAGCCCGUUAACGGCAGAGUCGUGAGCUCACAGACAGGAGGCAUCAGGAAACGUUCACCAUCGUCUUCUGCUUCCACCAGACCUCUCAGCACAUUCAGCUCCUUUAUCACAGUGAUGCUGAGUGUCGCCCUCUCAUGGCUGUAGCCUGACUUGGUUAUGGAUGCUGUGGUGAAGAUUUUCAGUGCUUCCUGACUGGAAUAUAUAUAUAUAUAUAAAUGUAUAUAAAUGUAUAUAAAUAAAAUAAAUUGAAGUUUUGAUUAAUGUAACAAGGUUUCUGCACUUGUGGGGAUGUUCGGAUUAACAAUGCUUAUGUAUAAAAAUAUUAAAUGAGUUUUACUUUCAUGAAAACUACUUCUUCAAACUAAACACUCAAUGCUUACCUUUUAA